GUGAUCUAGCUUUCCAAAUUUUUAUGGUAUUAACCUUAUUGUGUUAGCUAGAUAUCCACCAAAGUUGAGCCCAGUUUGACAACGUUUACUAUUUUUCAAAAAUCCAAGUUUUCGAUUGUUCAAAACUGCCGAACAUGGUAGAUCGUGGUAAAAACGUCAUAUCUCUCAAACCACUCGGAGAUUUCGACUCUACUUUUUUUUAUAUGAAACUAGAUUCGAAGAUCUUUCUUUCGGUAUGAGUCUCGAGUCCAGGAGAUGUCGGAGUCAGAACAGAUUAAAUUUUGAAGUUGAGUCAGUGUAAAAACAGAGCAUGUUUUGAUGAUGUUUGAUUGUGAUUCUUUUGUGCCUUAUGUGUUUGUGUUGCCUAUGUGUUUGAAUGAGAUUAGACGAGGUAUGAUUGAUUUUUGACUGUCUUUAAUGUAACGAAUUAUGGAUGCUAGAACCCUAAAACACUAAAAGAUACCCUAGGCACGUAGAAUUAGACUUUGUCUUAUGACAAUUACUUCACGAACUUAUCGACUCUUCAUCAAUGAAGGUCCGGGCGACAGAAAGUGAAGCCGAAGAAGAAACGACUCCACGCCAGCUUUAAGAACAAUUGAGGUUGAGCUGUGAUGGGCGAUGAAGUGUUGUUGCUGAGUGGAGUUUUUGUCGAACUUAAAGUAGGCUCAGAAAGGGUACAUGUCUUCAUACAUGUAUCUCAGUUAUGCAUUCCGCUGUAAACACUGAUUAUUUCAGUUACGCCUUCCGUUGCAAACUCUGAUAAUAUUUUAGCCAAGCCCCUAACGAUGCCUUUUUCCUUUUAAGGAAUAUAACGCGUAUACAAGUUCUUUGAGUACCCUUUUUAUGCGAACUAUGCCUUUUUCCUUUUAAGGAAUAUAACACGUAUACAAGUUCUUUGAGUACCCUUUUUAUGCGACCUAUGCCUUUUUCCUUUUUAAGGAAUAUUUCACGCGUAUUCAAGUCCUUUGAGUAUUCUUUUAUGCGCCCCUUUCUCAACCCGCUUCUUAAUUUCCCCUCCCCAGUCAUGGUUUUCCCGGAUUAAUUAUCCUUAAUUAAGGCCGGUCGUGACAGAGUGGUAUCAGAGCAGUUCGUUUGCUCUGAGCCUAAGAGUUUAUUUAAGCCAAACUUAGAAUGGAUCACUAAAGUGUCUAGAGUUCAAUCGACAAAGCUCAGCACUUCAUCGUAUCACACUCAACGAAGCAGAAUGGUAUGCUCUUCCAAGUUUUGAGUUAAUGUUUACAAAAAGUGAAAAUUAUCGUAAUAGCAAAAAUGCCGCCUAAGAGAGGACGCCCUGCGAAAAACAAUAACAAUCGCAGAAACCGUAACGCUGUACCCGAAGAACCACAAGAUGCUCGAGGACAUAACCCAUCCCCUCCGCCUCCGACUAGGAGAGUCGAAGAACUCUUUUUAAGGCAAAAUCCACCUACGUUUGACGGAACGAGUGAACCGGCUGAAGCUGAGAUUUGGGUGCGUGCAAUGGAACGCAUUUUCAACUUUCUACGUUGUACUGAUGAGGAGCGCCUAUCUUGCGUCUCUUUCCAACUAACAGGAUCAGCUGACUUCUGGUGGGAAGCACGUCGAAAAAUUCUGACACCUGAACAAUGGGCAAGUUAUACUUGGGAAGAUUUUAAGACGGGAUUAUAUGAUAAAUAUAUUCCGAAAAGCUAUAGGAAGAAGAAAGAAGCUGAGUUCUACGAGUUGAAGCAAGGAAAUAAAUUUGUGGUUGAAUACGACAAGGAAUUCUGCAACCUGUCUAGGUUUGCUCCGCAACAAGUGGACACAGAUGAGAAGAUGGCAGAGAAAUUUUGUGCCGGUCUACGGUACGAAAUUAAGAUGGCUCUAGCAAGCCACGGAGGACUCUCAUACACGGAGUCUCUGAACAGGGCACUUGACGUUGAAGCUGCAAUGCCGUCGGACAAGUCAGCCCCAUUGUUGAUCUCAACGCCAAAUGAUCCACCAGUAGCCUCACAUACUCUCAAAGGGAAGCGCAAGUGGGACAACAACGAAGACAAUAUCAAUCAGACUAGUAAGAAAGUGUGGCAAGAAAAGGAACGGGCCGAACAGUUUAUUCAACCAAGGUACGAGGCACAGACUAACCUCGAGCCAACUGGAGGUAACCAAGGUCAGAAAGGAAUUUCACCUUGCCCAAAUUGCGGUAAGAUGCAUAGGGGUAUCUGUCGGGCUGGAACUAACGGUUGUUACAAUUGUGGCCAAAAAGGUCACUACUCCACGCAAUGCCCCAAUAGACAACGAGGUUCAGCAGUUGGGAACACCCGCACCCCCUUGCCAGCAAUACGUGGACACUUGCGAAAUCAGCCUCAAUCACAUCAGUGAAAAUCUUAUGGAGACACCGCAGACAAGAAAAGCUACGUGGGAGCUUGAAAACAAGAUGAAGGAAAAAUACCCCGAACUGUUUUAGCAGAGAUAUGCAAAUUUCGGGACGAAAUUUUUGUUAAGAGGGGUAGUAUGUAGUAGCCCGCUCUUUUAUUUAUGAUAAAAACUAGUAAAUGCAAUUUUUUUUUUAUA